GUGUGUGAUCAAUGCAGAGAGGAUAGAGAGUGCAGUUUAGAGAGCAGAAUGCCAAGGAGGACACUUAGAGACAUGUCUCAUGCGUCGUUGUGGGACACAAUUGGACUUUUGUGGACUGGAUUAUAAUUAAUAUUUUUAUUCUUAAUGAUUUCCCGCCAUCUUUCAGGCUGUGAUUCUUCCAAAGAAGGCAGGGGAUGAAGGAAAUUAACAUUCAUUCAACCUAAGGAGGAUUUUAAAGCUGUGUUGUUGUUUUUUUGUUUCUCACCCGUCCUGCGAUGAUCGCGUUCUGGAUAGUCUUGUGCGUCAUGGAAGGGGUCCUGGCUCAGAUCCGCUACUCCGUGCCGGAGGAGGCGGACCACGGCACCUUGGUGGGGAACAUCGCCGAGGACUUGGGACUGGACCUGACCAAGCUGGCGUCUCGUCACUUCCAGGUCGUGCCCAGCUCCCGGACGUCGUACUUGGAAGUCAACCUGGAGAACGGAGUCCUGUUCGUGAACGAGAAGAUCGACCGAGAGCAAAUCUGCAAGCAGAGCGCCAGCUGCCAGCUCAACAUGGAGGUGUUCCUGGAGAACCCGCUGGAGCUUUUCCGAGUGGAAAUCGAGGUGGCAGACAUUAACGACAACCCGCCAAGCUUCCCGGAAGCGGACAUCACGGUGGAGAUCUCCGAAAGCGCCACGCCAGGCACGCGCUUCCCGCUGGAGAGCGCCGUGGACCCCGACGUGGGCUCCAACUCUUUACGCGCGUACGACAUGACCACCAACAACUACUUCCGCCUGGACGUGCACAGCCAGGCGGACGGGACCAAGUUCGCCGAGCUGGUGCUGGAGAAGCCGCUGGACCGGGAGCAGCAGGCGGCUCACAGGUACGUGCUGACGGCGGUGGACGGCGGCCAGCCUCCGCGCACCGGAACCGCGCUGCUGGUCGUUAAAGUUUUGGACUCAAACGACAACGUGCCCGUCUUCCAGCAGCCCGUUUACGGCGUGGAGCUAGCGGAAAACGCGCCCGCGGGCACGCUUGUCAUCCAGCUGAACGCCACCGACCUGGACGAGGGUGCGAACGGAGACGUCGUCUACUCCUUCAGCAACCACAUCUCCAACCGCGUCAAGGAACUGUUCAGCAUCGACGCGCGCACGGGCCGCGUGGAAGUGCGCGGCGAGGUGGACUUUGAGGAGAGCGGCAUCUAUCAGAUCUUUGUCCAAGCCAAGGACAUGGGACCCAACGCCGUGCCCGCCCACUGCAAAGUCCUGGUCACCGUUACGGACUUGAACGACAACCCCCCAGAGAUCACCUUCAGCACUGUCACUGAGUCCGUGAGUGAAAAAGCACCGCCUGGUACUGUAAUUGCUUUGCUGAGUGUGACGGACCUGGACGCAGAAGAGAACGGACAGAUUGGCGUGGAGAUCCUAGGCGACGUCCCCUUUAAGUUGAAAGCAUCAUUUAAAAACUAUUUCACCAUCGUGACCGAAGGACUGCUGGACAGGGAGCAGGCUGAGUCAUAUUCGGUGACAGUGGUCGCCAGGGAUAAAGGGUCACCCUCGCUGACCACAAGCAAGUCAAUCAGAGUCCAAGUGUCAGACGAUAACGACAACGCGCCCACGUUCUCGCAAAAUAUAUAUGAUGUAUACGUUACGGAGAACAAUGUGCCAGGCGCUUACAUUCACGCUGUGACGGCUUUGGACCCAGACGUAGGACAGAAUGCUCUCAUUAGUUAUUCCAUACUAGAGUGUGACAUCCAGGGCAUGUCUGUCAAAACCUAUGUGUCCAUCAACGAGGAGACCGGGUACCUCUACGCGCUCAGGUCCUUUGACUACGAACAAUUGAAGGAGUUUAUGUUCAUGGUUCAGGCCCAAGACGCUGGCAGCCCAGAGCUGUCUACAAAUGCCACGGUCAAAGUCAUCAUCGUGGACCAGAACGACAACGCGCCCCUCGUGUUGGCCCCAGUGGGGAAGAACGGCACCGCCGAGGAGCCUUUGCCCCGCUCCGCUGAGCCGGGGUACCUGGUUACGCGUGUCGUGGCGAUGGAUGGUGAUGAUGGCGAGAACGCCAGGCUCUCCUACAGCAUCCGUAGAGGAAACGAGAACGGCAUGUUCAGGAUGGACUGGAGGACUGGGGAACUUCGCACAGCAAGGCGGGUGUCAGCUAAGCGAGACCCCCACAGGCUGUACGACCUGCUGGUUGAGGUCAGAGACCACGGUCAGCCUCCGUUGUCCUCCAGCACCGGCAUACUUGUGGUGUUGGUGGACAGCGUGGCGGAGGGUCGAGGUGGCGGUGUCCGAGGAGGCGGCGCCAAGGCCAAAGAAAGCAGUCUGGACCUGACCCUCAUCCUCAUCAUCGCCUUGGGCUCGGUCUCCUUCAUCUUCCUGCUGGUCAUGAUCGUGCUGGCUGUGCGCUGUCAAAAGGACAAAAAACUCAACUUCUACACCUGCCUGACUAGUGACUGCUGCUUGGGCUGCCGUUCCUGCUGCUCGCGGCACGGCCGGGCACGCAAGAAGAAGCUUAGCAAAUCUGACAUCAUGCUGGUGCAAAGUGCUGUGAAUGUCAGCGGGGCGGGCACGGUCCAAGUCCCCGUGGAGGAGUCAGGCAGCUUUGGCUCCAGCCAUCCAAACCAGAACUAUUGUUACCAGGUAUGUCUGACUCCUGAGUCCGCCAAAACAGACCUCAUGUUCCUAAAGCCGUGUAGUCCGUCUAGGAGCACGGGCACCGAACACAACCCGUGUGGGGCCUUGGUGACCGGUUACACGGACCAGCAGCCUGACAUUAUAUCCAAUGGCAGCAUAUUAUCAAACGAGACAAAACACCAGCGAGCAGAGCUCAGCUACCUGGUUGACAGACCAAGACGAGUUAACAGCUCGGCGUUCCAGGAGGCAGACCUGGUCAGCUCCAAAGACAGCGGUCAUGGAGACAGCGAGCAGGGUGACAGUGAUCACGAUGCCACCAACCGAGGCAUCUCUACUGGCGCUGAUCUGUUCUCCAACUGCACAGAAGAGUGUAAAGCGCUCGGUCACUCUGAUCGCUGCUGGAUGCCGAGCUUCAUGCCCACUGAUGGGCGGCAGGGCCCAGACUACCGCAGCAACCUCCAUGUGCCGGGUAUGGACUCGGUCCCGGACACAGAGGUACUUCAAAGCUCUGAACAAACCACCAAUAAGUCCUUCUUCACUUUUGGAAAGGAGACACAACACCAACAUCUUCAUCAUCAUCACCACCAUCAUCAUCUUCACGGCACCAAAGACAAGAAAGACUCGAAAGUCUUUCUGCCUAAAUCGUCAUCUUGUUUACGAGGAAAAGGCUUUGCGAGCUCUUUUCGUGUGGACGUGACGGACACGGCGUGACUUUGCACAAUCGCACCUCCCAACAUUGACGACUGGAAUUGGAUUUGAAGAUGAAAAAAAAGAAGACUGUCGACUUAAUGAACUUCAAUCUGCUGAAAUUCCUGGGAGGAAUGUCUUCAGGGGGACACGGUGUCAUGGCGAGGAGACGUGGAGGAGGGGAAGAAUGCCUUACUUGGAGCUCCUGGGAGGACUGGAGUGUCUCAGCAGGACUGAGCAAGUCCACACAAACAAUGUGCGGACGUCCAUGCGGCAGACAAACGAGUGUCUGUCACCUCUUUGCAAUGUUUAGUGUGCGUGUUUACACUCUGGUACGUCUUUACGCUUACAAGGACACCACGCAGCCCUUUAGGACUCUGUCCUCACGCCAAACUGUACAGUCGAUUCUUUUCUAGCGCUCCUUUGGUGCAUUUUUAAUUUUUUUUUUCAUUCUUUUAUUCCGCUUCCAACUCGCAGGAAAACAUUACAGCAGAUUUUUCUUCAUGUAUUUUUUAACCUAUUAAAAAGCGUUCAAAGUUAAACCUAAUAAUGAGCUUCAAUGUUAUUAGCUUGUUUACUUGACAUGCGGCCAUAUUGGGAGAGGCACAUGACUGUCACAUGACAAGCACUUAAUGUUUUCUUUGUAUGUCACAAAGUUGCGUAGAAAAGAUUGGUGCUUUUAAGUUUUGCUAACUUUGCUUAUUAUGGGUUCAACGUGUUUUUUCUAUUUCUUGGGUUGGUUUUUGCACCAUCACAUUUGUGGGUUUGAAUAGUUUGUAUCACACGUAAAAAAAAAAAAAAAAGGUGUUUAUUCCAGUACUCUUGAAAAAGAUGAAUAUCAAAGUCUAUAUAUCGAUUAUCUGUAUCUACUUGUGAUGGAACUUUUUUUUUUUUUCUAAAUUGCGAUUGAGAGUUUUAUCUGUUUGAUGGGGGCUGGUUGCUUUCGCGACCAAGACACUAAACAAUGUCGGCAGAUAUAAAAAAAAAAGUUUCAUAAUUCUUUUCCACGUUUAGAUAUGAUCAAAAGUGUAUGCAGUUCAAUUCAUGGUAAUUCUGUGUGAUUGUAAUCAACAUAUUCAUCAUUAUUUGAUAAACAAACAGAAUAAAUCGAUACAUUUUCUCACAUCACAACCACAUAAACAACAAAUGUUAAAAACAAUAAAGUGAAAAUUGAUUUAU